AUGGCCGAGGAUCGCAUCGCCGCGUCGCUGGACGCCCAUCCCAAGGUGGAGCGCAUCGACAAGAUUCGGAAGAGAACUCUGGGAAACGUCCGCCUCCGACAUCUUGAUACCAACGAGAUCAUUCUGAUUCCUACGCCUUCUUCGGACCCCAAUGACCCUCUAAAUUGGCCGCAGUGGUACAAGUACUAUAUUGCAACGGUGGUUUGUCUCGCCAUGAUGAUGUGCAACUUCCUAGCUGCGGGCCCGUCCAUUGAUAUAGUUUCCACGACAAUGGACUUCUUUCCCGGGGCUAAUCCAAGAACCGACCCUCUUUAUUUUGCCGACGCUGUAGCCAAGGUCUCCUACUUCUUCACCUCCACUGCUCUUUUGCAAGGCGUUGGGAACUUCUUCUGGGUUCCUGUUGCGAACAAGUACGGUCGACGGCCCACUUAUGUCUUCAGCUACCUCAUCUACACUGCCUCCGCUAUCUGGCUUUGCUUUGAGCGGUCGUACAGCGGGUUCCUGGCGGGCCGCAUAAUCAUGGGCUUCGGUGCGGGCGCUGCCGAGACUGUUGCUCCAAUAACUAUCGCCGAUAUUUUCUUUCUCCACGAGCGGGGCACUGUGAUGGCCCUCUAUACCUCUUUCCUGGCAGUUGGCGUUGCACUUGGCAUCGUCAUUUCUGGCUUGAUCACCAUUGGCCAUGAAUGGAGAGUCAUUUAUCAGGUUGCGGCCGCGCUGGUAGGCUUCGUCCUGCUUCUCGCCUUUUUCGCAUUUCCGGAGACAGCAUAUAUCCGAGAAAAGCUCCAGAGUGAUGACGAAUCCGCCGAGGCCGGCCAGGCAGACUCGGAAAAGGAUGUAAUAACCACAUCCGACGUGGAGCGGGUGGCUGGGUCAAAACCUGGACUCAUGCGAGAGUCCUAUUUGAGGUCCCUCAAGCUCUUUCGUCAAGCUCUUACUACAGAGAGUUUUCUCAAACUUGUCGUUCGGCCGCUUGGCUUGAUCUGUCUUCCCCCGGUGCUCUGGGCUGCCCUUGUCGAGGCCGCCACUAUUGGCUUUCUCGUUGCUGUCACGUCCAAUGUUGCGGUGGCCUUCCAGGAGAUGUACGGCUUUGAGGCUUGGCAGGUCGGCCUCUGCUUCAUCGGUGCCAUUAUUGGCUCCAUUGUGGGUAUCCCAGCAGGCGGCCAUCUUGGAGACAAAGUGGCCGACUGGUUCACUCGGCGGAACAACGGCGUGAGGGAUCCUGAAAUGCGACUUCCUGCCAUGAUACCCUGUCUUAUCGCCACGCCCUUAUCCCUCAUUCUCUACGGCGUUGGGAUUGAGCACAAGCUGCACUGGAUAUGUCCGACAAUCGGCAUUGCUCUCUUGAACUUCGCGACCGUCCAGGGAACCAAUCUCUGCCUCGUCUAUGUCAUCGACGCCUACCGCCCGAUUGCCGGCGAGGUCACCCUUGCGGUCAUGGGGUUCAAAUCCAUGUUCGGCUUCCUCUUGUCAUUCUACACGAACACAUGGGUCAGCCAGUCUGGAUACCAGAACGCGUACGGCGUGAUGGCGGCGAUUUCGGCUGCUCUCAUUUUGCUGUCGGUUCCCCUGUAUUUCUGGGGAAAGAGGAUCCGCCAUGUCACUUGGCAGUGGCGUGUCAUUUCGUGUGUUCACUGGAACGAUGACCGUGAGGUUGGCGAGUAG